CGCGCAAGAGUCAAAAGUCGACCCCUGCGAUGAGGUGAAGGGGUGGAAGCCUCGAGCUCACAAAUCUCAACAUCAGCUUUCGAGCGACAAUAAAAUGAGAGAUCAUUCGGAAACAGCCAAGAAAUUGGCUCGCCUGAGGGGCGUCGAUGACGAUAUCAACCAGUUAGUCAACAUGGGCUUUGUCAGCAGCGACGGAAGCGAAACCCAAUUUCAUUCACUAUCCCAUUCCAACCGUUCUGCAGCCAUCAUUUUCCGCGGCAAUUCUGUUCCUGAAGCUGUGCUGGUACCGGAUCCUCAUCAUGACUCGAACAAACUGUACGGUGUGAUUCGAGCCCUUCCCAAGGGGCAAGUCUUUCACUUCCAGCUGGAAGAUUUAGGCAUUGAAGAGAAGGAUUGUCGUGUCGGUGACGAGAAGAAGUCCUUGCAGAGCGACGAGCCGAGCCUACUAUCUCCCCAGCAAUGUGUGGGGGGCGUGUGGCUCGACGAACUGGUAAAAGGGAAAGAAUGGCCUUCGUGGUCAAGAGUGGCAUUUGCGGCUUCAAUCGCGGGAAGUUCUACCUUUGCUGUAGUCGCACUCGACCCCCAACAGCUCUUUGCCACUCCAUCGAGCCGCGUUUCGAUUGCCGAGGUCGUCAAACUGCUGGGCGACGUUGACCACCUCUUUACGAUGGCAGAUAUGAUUGUUCCUGUGGUUAUGCCUCGUCGAAUAGCCUCAUCUGUUGAGGUGAAGUUUCACGGAUGACAUGACCGCUCGUGCAACUCGAACCUCUGGACAUCAUACGGUACUGUACCGGUAUCUUAUCCAGCAGUUGAUCAUAAUCGUCCCGUCGUGUACGCUGUAUCUUAAUUAAUGCGACAAGCAAUACCUCACGAAUAGGAUCCUUGAUAGCACUACCAAUAAAAUCCAGCGGUUGAUCAACAGUUUUGCAAUAAAUUUUGUGCCAACGGAGCAUUCCUAUUCAUACCGGGCAUGAUACAAGUGCCAUGGCCAGUGGAGUGAGGAACUAAGCUGGACGGCAAGCGUUUGGUGGAAGUAAUGUUUGGGGCACAUCAUUUUCCCAUGAUGCCGUUUAGUGGCUCGUCUACCUACCUUUUUGAUUGCAGUCUCCUUUCGUAAUACUACGUUGUUAUAGUCUACAUCUUGGC